ACGUUUCAGGAAACAGAAGAGUUCACAUCUUAGCCAUUACUUAUUUAUUACAGAAGUUCAAAAUAUUGUUGAUUAUUUAUUCUAGUUCAAAUUCUUAAUCAAUUCAACACUUUUGAAGUCAACAGCUUCGGGCUUCAGUUGAAGUUUAAUAAUCUAGGUGGCCUUUAUAAACAGUAUCAAGUUUAACUUUACACAGCAAAACGUUUGCUUAAAUCAUUAUCCAACACAAUGAAGUGUUACAGUAUUGUAAGCGCUUUUGUCAUACUUGUGUUAGUGAUAAGUGUUGGUUGGGGGAAACACAAAGGAAGGCGACUAAAGAACCAUCGCCACAAACACGUGCAGCUGUUUAAUGUUAAACACUUGAGACAUUCAAAGAAUGCCAAACUACUGGCUUAUCAUGGUCACAUACACUUCAGAGGUCAUCACCAUCACCAUCACCCAGCACGCUUGAAAUGUCGUCGAGUUAAAUUAUUAGUUAAUAGUAAUCUGCAGUUGAAAAAGAAAACUACAGAUGCAAUGAAGAGACAUUUGAGCAAGAAACACGCAAAGAGAAUGUUACACAAGUUUAUCACGAGCAGAAAACACAAAAGGUUUCAUUUACCCAAAGACACGAAGCUAUUUAAAGAUAAAGAAGGGAACUUAAUCACCUACAUUGAAGAUUGUGUUGCUUCUGAAAAUGCAGAGAAGAAGAACUUCUUUGAAGGUCAAAAUGAAAUGUUUAUAGCUCCAGCAUAUGAUGAGAAGAAAAGUCGACAUGAUCAUCACUCAUCAGAGAACAAUGACGUUACAACUGUGCAGGCAAAUGAAAAUGACGUCAAUGAUGAAGGAAUUCUCCCAGCCUCUGAAGACGCGUUGCUUCACACAGUAUCUGAUUCAACGGACAUUUUAAAGGAUAGUGCACAAAAGGAAGGGACGCCACAAUAUCUCAAUGAUCAAAGUGAAACAGAAGUUCCAUCUAACGUUGCAACUGUGUAUCAAGCUGUCGCACUGGACAACCCUCCACCCAAGAAACCCGAGGAAGGAAGUGAGCUCCAAAGGUUUUUCUCCUCAACUGGUUUAACUCCUAGCAUGCCACAGCUUAAUAGUGACGUUGUGACGCCAAUUUCGCAGCAGCCUGUCAACAAUUUUGUACCUGAACAUGAUAAUCAGCUUCAAUCGCCAGCCUCACUUGUGACGCCAAUUUCGCAGCAGCCUGUCAACAAUUUUGUACCUGAACAUGAUAAUCAGCUUCAAUCGCCAGCCUCACAAUACAUAACCAAUCCCGCUCCUCCCCCUCAGAGGCAAGCCUACACUCAAGCUUUAAAUCUUCCGAGGAUUAGAACACCUCUAAGAAAUCAUCGAGGUAAGGAUUUUAAAAUCAUCAGCUGUCGUGGUCGAGAAUAUUAUACGUUCCACACGUGUGGCUCAGAACAACAGCCACAAGCGUUGUUAUAAAGAGGAGAGAUCAACAACCAACUGGUGGUAGCAGGCUUGUUUUCAAAUAUGGACAGUUAGAAUCUUGCGAUCAAAAAAAAAAGGUGCAUGUCUCUUGCCUAAGUUUCAUGUGUGGAUGCUGCCUGUUCCACGUUCCAACAUUUUGGCCAAAAAAAGGAAACGAACAAGCCAAAUGCCGAGAACUUAGAAAACGAAGAUAAGUAAUCCUAUCAGAGGCUGCUUGUGUAAUUAUUAGUAAGCUGUAGGGUAAGCCUGCGUGUAUGCAUGAUAGGAAAACCGCGGUUGAGUGCCUCGCCUAAUCGGGUGCUUUAUUGGAAUCACUCUUUAUUCACAGUAGGAGAACUUGUGUGGAAUACCUCUG